UAAGGAGGGAACCUGGUUUACAUAUGAAGAAGUUAAAGAAAGGUGAAAAUGAAAAAGGGACAUCAAAAGGAUCUGUGAUCACACCAGUGUUGCAGAAGGCAGAUGCCCUAACUGGUGGUCCACUACAAAAGAAUGAUGGCAGCCAUUUCAGUGAAAAGGAUCAGCAUGAAAGCAGACCUGCAAAGAAAAUUUCUAAGAAAAAGAACGAGGUCAAAAAGCAAAUUACUUCUAUGGAUGACCUUGUCGACUUCAUUCAGUCAUCUGAAACAGCUUCAGAGCAUUGUGAGUUGCCUUACUCUAAGAAUUUCAUGUUGCUGAUUGAACAACUUGGCAUGGAUUGUAAAGAUUAUGCUGUCUUCUUGAAAAUCCAAGAUAUACGUGUUUCCUAUGAGAAAUUAAGGAAACUUAACAAAAAUCACUGUAAACUUCUUAUGGGAAAAAUGACAAAAAUGGAAAAAAUGGUUAGUGCACUACAAAACGAGCUACAAGAAGCCAAAGACAUGAUAUCACGGUUAGAGCAUCAAAAAGUAGAAUGGGAACGUGAAUUCUGCAGUUUGAGAUGUACCUUAAAACAAGAAAAAGAAGAAGAAAGAAGAAAUUCUGAUAUGUUAUGUGAAAAUAUUAGGGAAAAGUUAAGAAGAAAAGAAGACGAAUAUAAGAAAGAAGUUGAAACAAAACAACAAGUUGAACUCGCUCUUAGAACGCUAAACAUGGAAUUGAAGGCCACAAAAAAUCAGGUUGUAGAAGAGCGUGGUGACACUCAGUGGCAACUUUCUCCAGAACAGAAGGCCAGAGUCUUACAAGAUGGAAGUCUAAACAAUCACUUUUGCAAGCAAAAGGAGCUAGAAAUGCCUCAUAAGAAAACUAAUUCUAAGGUAGUUGUGAGACAACUUCAACAAGAACUGGCUGAUACUCUGAAGAAACAGUCUAUGUCAGAGGCUUCCCCAGAGGUUACGUCCCAUCUUCGUCUGGAAGAUGAAACACGGGAUCUCAAGAAGAAAUUAGAUCAAAUCAGAAGUCAGUUGCAAGAAGAACAGGAACGACAUGCAGAGGCCGUAAGAUAUGCUGAGGAGAUAAAAGAUCAUGUGCAAAAGCUACAGGUUAAAAAUGCCAUGCAAGAAGCAACCAUCAAACAUCAAGCGGCCCAGAUUCAAGAUCUUGAGAGCAACGUGAUAAAGACAAGAUUGUUACAAGAAGCACAGGAACGACAUGCAGAGGCCGUAAGAUACGCUGAGAAGAUUAAAGAUCAUAUGCUAAAGCUGAAGGUUAAAAAUGCCAGGCAAGAAGAAACCAUAAAACAUCAAGGGGCCCAAAUUCAAGAUCUUCAGAGCAACUUGCUAAAGGCAAGUUUGUUGCAAGAAGCAAAGGAUCGAGAGGCAGAGGCCAUAAGACAUGCGGAGAAGAUGCUAGAAUUGCAAAAUGCCAGACAGGAAGAAACCAUCAAACAUCAAGCGGCCCAAAUUCAAGAUCUUCAGAGCAACUUGUUAAAGACAAGUUUCUUGCAAGAAGCAAAGGAUCAACAUGCAGAGGCCAUAAGAUAUGCCGAGAAGACGCUAGAAGUGCAAAAUGCCAGGCCAGAAGAAACCAUCAAACAGCAAGUGGCCCAAAUUCAAGAUCUUCAGAGCAACUUGUUAAGGACAAGUUUGGCUGAUGUCCUUACAACAGAACUGGAAACUACAUCUUCAAAAUGUCUACACCUGGAUGCAAAAAAUCAAGUUCUUCAACAAGAGUUAUUAUCAAUGAAAGCUUUUGAAGAAGAACGUGAAAAACUAGAGAGCAACAACAAGAAGUUACAGCAAGAAGUAGUAAAAUUGAAACAAUUUAUGGAAAUGAAUAUGGUAGAACGCAGUCAAGUGGAGCAGUAUAAACGGGAGAUUGAAGAAAGAGCACGACUGGACAUAGAAGAAAAAUUACACGAAGUCAACCUGUUUUUACAGGCACAAGCAGCAGCUCGAAAAGACUUGGACCAGUUAAGAGAAAAUGCUCAUGCUUCAACGAGAAGUCAAAUGGAACUUAGAAUUAGAGAUCUGGAAUCUCAGGUCUCUACAAUGAAGACUUCUCAAGAUUCGACUAAAACAGAUUUGGAAACCUACAGGCAACUCUACCUAGAAGAAUUAAAAGUUAGACAGUCCUUGAGAAAUAAGCUGAACAGGGCUAAGGAGAGACUGUCAGAGAGCAAUACAAAAUUUCUUGUGGAGAGACAGCAGCACCAAACUUUACUCAGGACCCUUACUAUGAGCCCAGGCCUGGAACCACCUUAUUGUGGACAUUUUGAAAAUAAUUUAGUGCUCAAUGGAAACCUUACUCCAAGAGGAAACUUAGUGAUUCCUACCUUAAACCCACGGCCGUCAUAUGAUGACAGGGAGACUUCCUUGUGGAAGAUGCAGCGGGAGUUGGAGAAAAGAAUAACCAGAGAACUAGAAGAAGGUAUCAGCUGACAUAUCACCUUCACCAAAGAGCAGACAAUACUGACACAAAACUGGGAUGUCCCUUCCGUAUGUUCCAGUAUUGCUGUGUUUUAUACCUGUCACUUACAUCUGUAUACUUGGCUGUUUGGAAAUGCUUGUUUGAUCUUUCAAUUUAUAGUUUAUGAUUGUUCAGCGUGGACUGUGUCCUCAUCUUGUAAUUUCACCUUGUAAUGAAAAAAACCAGAAACUCUGAUAUGUAUCCACAAAAGCAAUUAAUUCAGUGUGCAACCUUGAGCAAAAUAUAUUUAAUACUAAUCUUGGGUUUCAUAUUGCAGUUGUAUGUAGGUAUUUUUCAUUUUUCUUAACACUCAUAAAGGCCCCAACUUUCUUUUUU